AUGGCAGCCAGGGUCUAUCCGUGUCCUUUGCACCCAACACGUCAUCCCCAGCGAGUCGCCUUCGAACCCCCAGUCAGUCAUCUUGUCCCUCCAGCUUCCCACCCGCACAAGGUGAGCAAACGAGGUGGUUUCACCAAAGGUUCCGCAAUUGGGGUCAUCUAUAACGGGAACCAAUCCAAGGCGAAUGCCGAAUACAUUAUGAGACAAGAUUGUGUACUGUUCCAAGAAUGGACUUGCUUAUGUUUGGCAUGUGCUUCACCUGUGCAAGUAUUGUGCAACCAAGAGCACAAGCCCAGGUGCCUAGCUACCUUGGACAGGCCCUCUACAAUAAAAUCUGACGAGUCGACCAAGCAUUUCUUGUAG